GUGAGGAAGGUUGAGAGGGAGCAUCUAGCGGCGGCCCUGGCAACCUUCCACUCCCACUUCUCCCUCACCACAACAAGAGGACGCCUCAUCCUCGCCCUCAUUUACCCCUCAUCUUCCCCGACGUGAGAGUGAGGAAGAUGACUUGGCUGUGGGGGUGUGUGGUGGGGCCCAGGCUCUACAAGAUCUAUGGCCACAUAUCCCACCAGGUUGAGACUAGGGUGUAUGUUCCUAAUGUAUUGGAGAAGAUUGGUAACAAAAUCUUCCAAGGGCUGAACAUCUUGUACAAUAUUGGGCUGUACACAUCACCAUUCCUAGCGUUGUCUUUGUACCGUUGGGAGCACUUCACCUUGGUGUCUGCAAUAAAAUUUGGAACAGGUCUGGGGUUGUUGUUGAUAGUGUCCCUGGUGUUUAGAGGCAUCGGUCGCUGGUUUAACCCAACCUACACAACUUUCUUAAGCAUCUUGACCAAGGCCCAGCAGAACAGUCCAACAGAGAAGGUGAUGGAACCUCUGCGAGAGUACGAAUUUGAUUUCUCAGCAUGGCCUGUUAACUUUGACUGGACUGAGGCAGAAACGUAUGAGCGCAAACCCCGUGUAUAUGUGGAUAGAGGUUUGUCACGCAGAAAGGGUGGGAUCAUCAGCCAAGCUGUAAUGAUGCCAUGCCAGUUUGUGGCAUGGGUUGUCACUGUCCUGAUUGGCAAAAAGAUGGUUUACCCUGGUUCUAUACAGUUGCUACAGAUUGCUGUUGAUCAGUACCUGCUCCAAGGAAGAGAGAAGUUAAUAAAGGAACAAAAUGGACUUCGCAACAAAGUCACUACUCGGGAUGGAAACAGCAUUGACACAAUGCUGGUGGACAGGCGAGGAAAAAAACAGUAUCCGAAUGGAAAUACACUAGUGGUAUGCUGUGAGGGUAAUGCUGGUUUCUAUGAGGUUGGAAUCAUGACAACUCCAUUAGAGGCUGGGUUCUCCACUCUAGGAUGGAACCACCCAGGAUUUGCUGCCAGCACUGGGUCACCAUACCCAAGCCAAGAGCAAAAUGCAGUAGAUGCUGUAAUGCAGUUUGCAAUCCAUGGAUUGGGCUUUCGAGAGGAGGAAAUAAUUAUUUACGGUUGGAGCAUUGGAGGGUAUGCCAGCACCUGGGCUGCUAUGAAUUAUCCUCAGAUUCGUGGGCUUAUCCUCGAUGCUACUUUUGAUGAUAUUCUUCCCCUUGCUCUUCCUCGGAUGCCAGCUUGCAUGGGCACCAUUGUAACUCUUGCUAUUCGCAACCACAUAAAUCUCAACCCAGGAGAUCAGCUCUCCCUCUACUAUGGUCCUGUCACCCUCAUUCGACGUACUAAGGAUGAAAUAAUUACCACGGAUGAGACUCAGCUUCGAUGCAACCGAAGCAAUGACUUGGUAAUGAAGUUAAUGCGGACUAGGUACCCAGAGCUGUUGUGCACCCAGUCCACUGAGGUACUCCUUCAAUGGCUGUCUGAAGAGCCUCCUCUACAAGGAGCUAUCAUGGGGGAGUGGGGAGUUGAUGGGGACUUGUGCUCCACACUCCUGGCCACAUACAUCACAGAGCAUGGCCAGUUGUACCCAUCCACGAUUGGUGAGGACAUGACUGCCAAUGACAAGACAAAAUUGGUCUUAUAUCUUGCUAGCAAGUACCUAUUAGAUUUCAAUAGUCCUCAUAACAACCCUCUAGACUCGUGCUACUUCCGUAAACCAUGGCUGCCACUUACCGAUUCCUCUUACGUCCAGGUUGACUGAAGGACUUGAAGUUAAAAGCAUAAUCCAUAGAGAGAUUGAGUACCAUUCUUUCGUCCCAUAGCAGCAUUUCCUUCGACGCUUGAUACAGUAAAGAGAAGUAAUCAUUAUUCUCACUUAUAACAAGAAUUUAAUAUUUUCCAUAAACAGUACAGUAUUUGGAGCUUGUUUAUGGUUUUUGAUUUCUUAAAUCAACUACCAUUCCAAGGGGAUUAUUCAUUAGUUUUACAAUAUGUUCUAGUUAGACUCUUGUUUUAGAUGAAAAUACUCGUAAAGAAGGUGUUCAGGAAAUAAUACAGUAUAAGUAUGUUAUAUUUUAGGCUGUAUAAGUGAUGAUAAUUCACAUGGAUAUCUAACCUUGCAGCAAGAUUUUUUUUUAUUUAUUUUAUCUUACAGUAAGAUUUUUUUCACUUUGAAUGUUAAAUAUAUUUUACUGAAUGUCUGACCUUAAUUACUGAAUCCUAUACAAAAUGUUGUAUGUAAAAAUUAAUUAUCUGUAGAUUUAAAAUAUAUAAUACAUUUUCUGUUUGAAAUGCAAAUGAUAUUGUUUCUUUUAUGUUCAUAUAAUUGCUUGAGCAGUUAUUAUGGAAGAUACAUGCAACACGUCAUCUUUAGAGAAAAAACUGUUUUAUUCUUGUCAGUUAAUGUUUUGUGUAUUUAUUUUAAUAAUAGGAAUACUGUAGUUUAAAAACAACAUAUUCUAGUUGUUGUUUGAUGUUGUACCUUUAUGUAUUUUGGUCUCACUGAACACUUUCGUUGAAAUGCGUGACUGCAUACUGGUGACUUAUUUUGAACACCUGUGGAAAGUUGCUGCUGCCUGCCAGCUCAUGCACCACAAGCUGCUUCGUAAAGUAAGACUCUCGGAAAUUGUUCAGCUUGUUCAAAUAUUUUAUAAACAUCUAUAUUAAUUAGGGCAGUCAAAAAGUUGAAUUCUAAUUCGGCAUUGAUUUGUAAGGAAAUAAUUUCCUUUGGUAUAAUACAGUGUUAUCAUAUUUUGGAAAGGAGAGUUUUGGAACUUCAAUCAUCAUUUGCUCCUAAAUUUUAAUUUGCCUACAGGUUAGGAAAUGAAAGUAAAAUAUUGAAAUAUCUA